AUGCCGCAGCAUCUCAAAGACAAGGAGUCCAAGACAAUCCGCGCGGGGGACGAGGUGUGGACUCCCGUUCGAGGCGGCAAGCACCAGGGAGUCGUGGAAGAAGUUUUCGGCACGGAACAAGAGGCCCAGAAAGCCGGUGCGAAGAAUCGCCCAAAGGUACGGAGUAUGCUAUGGCUGGGCAGUGCCUCCCAGACACGCGGACCUCGCAUGGCAAAGACGAGUACUCAACUAUCAAAGGUCACCUUUACCGACCGACACGGCCACAAGGUGGCUCAUGACCCGGAGACGUCGAAGCACGCAGGCGACUAG